CCCACCACCUCCACCUCUCUCUCCUCUGUAAUGAACACCAAGAACUACUUUUCACUUCCAUUCCCAAUACUGAUCCUUUCUAUUCAUCAACGCCAAUUUCAUUCUCUCAACCAUGUCCAUCAACACUCAUCCAAGAAACCUUCUUGUUUUCUUGCUUCUCAUCUUCUUCCUCCUCAAUUUCUCACAUCCACCAUUAGCAUUUGCAGAGCAUAACACAAGUUUCGAUUUCCCAUCUUUCUCUUUCCGAAACCUCACACUUCUCGGCGACUCUUUCCUCCGAGACGGCCUCAUCGGCCUCACCCGAGAGCUCGGUGUCCCAUCUUCAAGCUCUGGAACAGUCAUCUACAACUACCCAAUUCCCUUCUUCGAUCCUCAAACCAACAUCACUGCUUCUUUCUCUACGAGCUUCUCUUUCUCAAUCAGCAAUGUCAAUCCCACAUCGUUUGGUGAUGGGAUUGCCUUCUUUCUCUCUCCAGACAAUCAGACUCUGGGAAGCCCGGGAGGGUACUUGGGUCUUGUCAAUUCGUCCCAAUUGACCAAGAAAAAGUUCGUCGCAAUCGAAUUUGAUACAAGACUUGAUUCAGAUUUCAACGAUACCAACAACCACCAUGUUGGGUUAGACAUCGAAAGCUUGAUUUCGAUCGAGACUGCCGAUCCGUUGUCUCAAGACAUCGAUCUGAAGAGUGGGGACAUGAUCAAUGUUUGGAUUGAUUACAUGAGCGAUGAACAGAGGCUCAAUGUGUUCUUGAGUUACACGAAUUUCAAGCCCAAUAAUGCUCUGUUAACGGUCGAUAUUGACCUUUCGGGUUUUCUAAAACAGGUUAUGUAUGUGGGUUUUUCGGCAUCAACAGAGGGAAGCACGGAGCUUCACCAGAUUGAGAAAUGGAGGUUUCAGACUUCUGGGUUUCGCACAGUGAGGCCUCGAAUUCAUCCUCACAAUAUCUCCGAUAACUCGGUGCUUACACCGCCAAUCCUGGUCCCUGAAUCUCCCAACAAGAAUCACCGGAGGCUCGGUUUGGGUUUCGGGAUUGCCGGUCCCGCCUUCUUUUGUGCAUUUCUCAUGGUUUUCGGGUGGAUUUCGAUGAAGAAAUGGAGAGGGAUUCGAAUGGAGAAGAGCUUCAAAGCAGAGCUUGUGACUGGUCCAAGACAAUUCACUUACAGAGAGCUCAAUUUAGCCACAAGAGGGUUUCAUUCCAGCAGGAUCAUUGGCCACGGAGCGUUUGGCACUGUUUACAGAACCAAUUUCAAUGAUUCGGACACUGUUUUUGCAGUGAAAAGAUCAAAACACGCCCACGAAGGCAAAACAGAAUUCCUUGCCGAAUUGUCGAUUAUCGCUUGUUUGAGGCACAAAAACUUAGUUCAGCUCCAAGGUUGGUGUGUUGAGAAGAAUGAAUUGUUGCUUGUUUAUGAGUUCAUGCCCAAUGGGAGUCUUGACAAGGUCUUAUACCAAGAAACAGAGCAAGAUAAGUCACUGAAAUGGGUACAAAGAUACAACAUUGCAAUUGGGUUAGCCUCUGUUCUCACAUAUCUCCACAGAGAAUGUGAACAGCAAGUGAUUCACAGAGAUAUAAAGACCAGCAACAUCAUGCUGGAUGGGAAUUUCAAUGCCCGGCUCGGGGAUUUCGGAUUGGCAAGGCUGAUGGACCACGAUAAGAGCCCGGUUUCAACUCUGACCGCUGGAACAAUGGGAUAUCUUGCUCCAGAGUAUCUUCAGUCCGGGAAAGCAACCGAGAAAACCGAUGUUUUUAGCUAUGGUGUUGUGAUACUUGAAGUGGCUUGUGGAAAGAGGGCAAUUGAGAAAGAACAGAGUGGUAACAAGAUGGUGAAUUUGGUUGAUUGGGUUUGGGGAUUGUAUUGUGAAGGGAAGAUCACUGAGGCAGCUGAUGAUCGGCUUCGCGGGGAGUUCGAGGAGAGUGAAAUGGAGAGGCUGUUGCUUGUGGGUUUGAGUUGCGCGAACCCGGAUAGCAACGCGAGGCCAUCGAUGAGGAGAGUUUUGCAGAUUUUGAACAGAGAGGCAGAGCCUGUUUUUGUGCCGAGACUGAAGCCGAGUCUCAGUUUCUCCUGUGGAUUAUUGCCUUUGAGUUUGGAAGAGAUAGUUUCGGAUGGUGAAGAAAGCAAGACAACUCGCUCAAUUGAUAUCAAAAUUGACUGAGUUUAGUUUGAUUGAUAGUUUCAUUUUUGUUUUUUUGUUGGAAGAACAGAGUAGGUGUGUUUGUUUAGUUAAGCUAUCUGAAAGACAAUGAGUUCAUUGGCCUGAGUUCAAAUCCAUUCCAUUGAACUGUUGGUUCUUCUUUUGGUACGCUGAGCAUUGAAUUUGUAUUUGUUUUCCACUAUAAAAUCACCUAAAUUGCAUUUUUUGUUUUU